UGCAGUUUUUGCAAAAUUCUCCAUGUAUAUUAAUAUGGGUGAGAUCUUUUUUUUGAAGCACAAGACUUUAAGCCAGUACUUAACAAACACAUCCAUAUGUUGACAGAAAAAAACAGACAGAGGCCAGGUAUCAUAGUUUACACAGACGCACGCAAGUCCGGGCGAAGCUGUCAUUAUCACAGCAGAAGAGGGGGAAGGCAGGAGCUGGUGCACUGCAUGUGAUGAGAUAAACACUGGCGAGCAGGACAAGCAAGUAACUGCAGUUCAUCGGUAUUGUAAGCUAAGAUAACGGACUUGUUUGGGAGACUGUAGUGUAUACUUCGUUGGACAGUGCCACUGGCCUAAACUGUGAGAGAGGGCGUGAAUGAAAGUUGAGCAAAAACUGUGCCGCGCUGGGAUAAUGCAUUUCUUCCGAAACCGGCUGGUAGUCCUGGGUCUAGUGCUGCUGGCGACGGUGCUGCUGUACCUGCUGCUGCCCGCCAUUCGCCAGGGCAGUAUGGAGCCCUUCCUGAAUGUCCAGAGGAUGGGGCUGACAGGAGGCUCUCCCACAGCUCCGACCGCCAAAUUCCCUAAGCCAGUCAACAUCACAAUCCGCACGGGCCAGCUGGCCGGAGACCCGCCUCUCUCCUUCAGGGAAACGAUCAGCGUGGAUGCAGCGGGGAAGAAGAUGCAGCCCAGGCUGCAGGUGGUUCUGCUGCACGGUCAGGCCUUCACCUCAAAGACCUGGGAGGACCUGGGCACCCUCACUUUACUGGCCAGUCACGGCUACCAAGCACUGGCCCUGGACUUGCCCGAUUCGGAAUCAGUGAAGACGGAUCAGAACCGGACUAACCUCCUGCUGAGGUUCCUGGACUCCCUGGAGGUGCAGGCGCCGGUCCUGGUCAGCCCCUCGAUGAGCGGGCGCUUCUCUCUCCCUCUCCUGAUGCUCCACAGCUCCCGUCUCAGAGGCUUCGUCGCUGUCGCCCCCGUGGGCACCAAGCUCUACAGCGAGCAGCAGUACCAAAACAUACAGACCCCGACUCUGAUAGUGUUUGGUGCCCUGGAUGGCAGUCUGGGGACCCAGUCGUUGAAGAACCUGAGCCAGCUCCCUCACCACACUGUAGUGCGAAUCGAUGGAGCCAAGCACGCGUGCUACAUGGACAAGCCAAGGGAGUUCCACCAGGCACUGCUCAUCUUCCUGAGCAGGCUGAGCAGAGAGACUCCUUCACACCACGGAAGAAAAAAAGAAAACCUUUCGGAAGAAAAAAAAUAAAAUAGUGCUUGAGAGUUUUAAGUCGCAUGAAAAAACAGCCGAUUGUGGCAGUGAAAGUAGGGAUUCACUAGGGCCUGUUCUUUGUUAUGUCUCCUCAUUGUGUUGUUUAGGGGUCACUAGUAGGUAGCCCCUCAAAAACACGGGCGCUACUCUGUAACCUGUAAUAACAACCUUCGUAAACAAGCAGAAAAAGAAAAAAAAUUCUUAAAAGGUUGCUACAUAAAAUGUACAGAACGAGUGGAGGCCAUUUGGCCCAGUCUUAGCUCAUCUAGUUAAAAGGAUGCUAAAGUAGUAUUGUCAGUUUUUUUAAAAAUAGAUUAAAACAAAAGCCUGGUGCUAUAAUUAGGCGUUACAAUUUGACAAACGUUUCUUCAUAUUUUGCAAAUAUACAAGGCUCUUCAAUAAAUGGAAAGGAUGUGAAAUUCUACUUGUUGGUGGGAACCAACCCUAUCAUUUUGAUGCCGCUAUAAUUAUAGCUGCUUUUAAAAAUGAUAGUUUCUGGUAUUUAAAAGCUGCUAAAAGUGUGGCAGUGCCAGAGGUUAAGUAGAUGUGAUCUGCUGGAUCACAAUUAUGAAUGAAUUCUGUAACACCAAGGGCAGACAGUAACUGGGAUAAGAAGUUUAUAAUUACUAACUAGGUAUAACAACUCUUUAUUUAAGGGCUUUUACACACACCUGAGGUUUUAAGUUGUUGUUUUUUUGGCUAGUUUCUUAGCUUCUGUGCCCAUUGCAAAAUUUAAUCUGGAGGGUUGGAGGGUUCUGUUCCGACUCUCACCUUACAGCACAAGAACAGAUCCACUUUCCAAAUGAGCAAGUCCUAGGAUGACUUCAGUUCCUUGUGUUAAGAUUAGACAAGGUUUAGUCCUUUGGGAUUUGUAGUUCUUUCAUGGUUCUUGGGAGUUGAACUUGUAGAACUUCAGUUCCCAGCACCCUUUAAAACAUGUUACUGUUACUGGUUAAAUAAAUAGCUGGAAAAAGUUUAUGUAUUUAUUUAAUUAAAUAA